CGCACUUCCGCAUGCAUGGCCCUGCCGGCCCGGACUCUGAGCGCGAGCGCGGGGCUCGGCUGGCGGCAGGCGGCGCGCACCUUCCCCGGCUACGCGCCACCUCGGGCCCGGGCCGCCCGCGCCCUCUCCCGCGCCAUGGCGUGCAGGCAGGAGCCGCAGCCUUCGUGCCCGCCGCCCGCCGCCGGCGUCGCGGCCUGCUACGACUACCUGGUGAUCGGAGGCGGCUCGGGCGGGUUGGCCAGCGCGCGCCGGGCGGCCGAGCUGGGCGCCCGGGCCGCCGUGGUGGAGAGCCACAAGCUGGGCGGCACUUGCGUGAAUGUUGGAUGUGUACCCAAAAAGGUAAUGUGGAACACAGCCGUCCACUCUGAAUUCAUGCAUGACCACGUUGAUUACGGCUUUCAAAGCUGUGAGGGUAAAUUCAGUUGGCGGGUUAUAAAGGAAAAGCGGGAUGCCUACGUGAGCCGCCUAAACACCAUCUAUCAGAAUAAUCUAAUCAAGUCCCACAUAGAAAUCAUCCGCGGCCAUGCAGUAUUCACGUGUGACCCCCAGCCCACAGUGGAGGUCAACGGGAAAAAGUACACUGCUCCUCACAUCCUGAUUGCCACAGGUGGCAUGCCCUCGCUUCCUCAGGAGAGCCAGAUCCCUGGUGCCAGCCUAGGAAUAACCAGUGAUGGGUUUUUUCAGCUGGAAGAGUUGCCUAGCCGCAGUGUCAUCGUUGGUGCUGGUUACAUUGCUGUGGAAAUAGCUGGGAUCCUUUCCGCCCUGGGUUCUAAGACAUCACUAAUGAUACGGCAUGAUAAGGUGCUCAGAAGUUUUGAUUCAAUAAUCAGUUCCAACUGCACUGAGGAGCUGGAGAACGCUGGCAUAGAGGUGCUGAAGUACUCGCAGGUCAAGGAAGUUAAAAAGACUUCUUCAGGCCUGGAACUCUGCAUGGUUACUUCAAUUCCUGGUAGGAAGCCCACCUUGACCACCAUUCCAGAUGUUGACUGUCUACUCUGGGCCAUUGGACGGGACCCAAACUCCAGGGACCUGAAUUUAAACAAACUGGGGAUUCAAACUGAUGACAAAGGUCAUAUCCUAGUAGAUGAAUUCCAGAAUACUAAUGUAAAAGGUGUCUACGCAGUUGGGGAUGUGUGUGGAAAAGCUCUUCUUACUCCAGUUGCGAUUGCUGCUGGCCGAAAACUUGCCCAUAGACUUUUUGAAUGCAAAGAAGAUUCCAAGUUAGACUAUGACAACAUCCCUACGGUGGUCUUCAGCCACCCCCCUAUUGGGACAGUGGGACUCACAGAAGAUGAGGCCAUUUAUAAAUAUGGAAAAGAAAACGUGAAGAUUUAUUCCACCACCUUUACCCCAAUGUAUCAUGCAGUUACCAAAAGGAAAACAAAAUGUGUGAUGAAAAUGGUUUGUGCCAACAAAGAGGAACAGGUGGUUGGGAUCCACAUGCAGGGAAUCGGAUGUGAUGAAAUGCUGCAGGGUUUUGCGGUCGCAGUAAAAAUGGGAGCAACAAAAUCCGACUUUGAUAACACUGUUGCCAUUCAUCCUACCUCUUCAGAAGAACUGGUCACACUUCGUUGAGAACCCAGAGACUCGUAUGGCUGGCAGCUGGACCAGUAGACCUUCAGAAAGGAACCAAAUCAUCACGUUUACUUACCAUUCCCAUUGUAUGUAUUUCUUUAUUGUAAUGAGGAUCUUCCAGUAGUGGAAAUUUUCAGUAAACUUAUUUAUGUAAUUAGAAAUCUGUUUUGUUAUCCAGGAUUGAUUUUCAUUUGAUUACAUCUCUCAAUAAUUACUAUUUGUUUUAUUAAUAGCUCUGUGCUAGCUGGUUUUUUGUUUUGUUUUUGUUUUAGCCUCAUCCUAAGUAUAAAACCAUAUGAAGUACAGUGAAAUUAAUGUACUUGAAUGAAUAUCACUUGCUAAUUUUUAUAGAGGAAGAUGACAGCUGCUCUUCACAUUUAAAUAAUGCAAGUACAGAGUCUUUUUUUUUUUUUUUGAAGCCAGUACUGCGCUCUGCAUAUUACAAAGCUGCUUCAAGGAUGUGAGUUUUCUCUAAAAGCAUGUAACUUGAGAGGCCUGCCUCCUGUAUUUUAUUCUUUCUUUUGUUCUAAAUGAUUAAAAAUGGUUUGUGUUACUUUUAUGAGAUGAAGUUCAUCAAAUUUGGGAAAGAUUUGAGGAGGCUGGUUGCACAAGUGAGAGGGACAUUUUAGAAGUGAUCCGUGUUUUCAGAUGUACUUCAAAAGUCCUUUCCUCUGCUAAGAGUUCAUAGUUCGGUGAAUGAUUUCAGUUUUUGUAUGUAUUCUUGUCAUUUUAUUUUUUGAAACUAUUUCCAAAAAUCUGAAAAUAAAAUCACAGUCUUUUCUUCUUA